GUCUUGUUGGUUAUUCAAACCUCUGCUCUGCAACGCGUUAUUGCUGAGUAUGGUAAGGAUUACAGCGGAAAUAGUUGAGAACGCACCACAGUUCACAAAUGCAAUUAAAGACCGAGAGCUUGAUCUUAGAAGUUAUAAAUUUCCUGCUAUCGAGAAUCUAGGAUGUACGCUGGAUCAGUUUGAUACUAUCGACCUUUCAGAAAAUGAAAUCAGAAAACUAGAUGGGUUUCCUCUUUUGAAACGGCUCAAGUCUUUAAUACUAACAAACAACAAGAUAGCCCGCAUAUCUGAAGAUCUGGGUCAACAAUUGCCAAACCUUCUCACUCUUAUUUUGACUGGUAAUUACCUCUCUGAUCUGAAAGACUUGGACCCUUUAUCAUCAUGUGAUAAACUGAAUUUUCUAAGCUUACUCCAUUGUCCUGUGACAAUGCGUGCCAAUUACCGACUCUAUGUGAUUAGUCGUGUUACAUCUCUUCGUUUUCUUGAUUAUCGUCGUGUUACACAAGCUGAACGUAAAUUAGCUAGAUCAAUGUUUAAACGUCUCCCAGCGUUAUCAAAUACUGUAAAUAAUAUAAAGGUACCAUAUCAAAAAGUUAAUGUUACGCGUGUAGAAAAUUCAAAUACUACAACUAAUACUACUGGUACCGUGAAAACAUUUAUUCCUGGAGCUCCAAUUCAUUCAAACAAUCUUUUACCUCCUGGAACUGAACCAAUACAAUCUACUGGUGAACAAAAUCAUGUUGGUGAUAGUAAAGAAAAUAAUGCACCUGGUUUAAUUGUAUCCAUAGAAAAUAACCAGAUUGAGUCAAACAAAUCUGAUACAUCUAUAACCGGAUCAAAUGAUACUCCUAUGCCUCCACCUUCUUCCACUCCUGUUACAACAGGCAAUAAACGCCCAGUUGGCUCAAACCAAGAUUUAUUCGCUAUUCAAGAGGCAAUAAAACGAGCUCGAACUAUGGAUGAAGUGGAACGUCUUCAUCAAUUGCUUAGUAGUGGUCAAUUUGCAGGAUUUGCGGCACAAUGGCAAAAACAAUUAAGACAACAACAACAACAAAAGUUGUCUCAAUGAAAGAGAGAUGUGAAUAAAUGUUGGCAUUUUUCUCUCAUCAACUUUAUGAUUAUUUGUGAAAGUUGUACAUUAUGACUAGACACGUUUUUGGCCAGUGUAAGGAAUGUAUGGAUGUAAUUAAUCUAAUACAAAUAUUUUACUUUACUUUUACAACAAUAAAUCCAUUAAUUAACGAGA